AUGACUCAAACUCACCUGAGCCUCACCGAGGAGCAGCAGCAGGAGCAGGAGGAGGAGGAGCACCAAAGGAAGGAGCAGGAACAGGAGGAGGAGCAGAAGCAGGAGGAGGAACACUGGGGAGAGCAACUGGAGGAGCACCUGGUGGAACAGCACAUGCAGCAGGAGGAGCAGCAGGAGGAGGAGCACCUGAAGGAGGAGCACCUGAAGGAGGAGCAGCAGGAGGAGGAGCACCUGAAGGAGGAGCACCUGGAGGAGCAUCAGGAGGAGCAGCAGCAGUGCAACAUGAGCAGUGAGAGGAAAGCUCUGCUGGAGAAGGCCUAUCCUGAAGUCCUGACCUUCUGCCGCGGACUCGGGCUCGUCUUCGAGGUGGUGGAUCUGCGCUGGGGUCUGAGGAGUUCUCCUUCUGUAGAACACGACGCCUGUGAACUUUUCCUCCACGAGAUCCAAACGUCCAAACGCAUCUCCACGGUCCCGGCUUUUGUCGCUCUUCUGGGAAACCGUUACGGACAUCGUUCUCUUCCUCGCUUCAUCUCGGAAAAACACUUCGACGUGUUUUCGUCCAAACUUUCCAAAAACACGGACGGCCUCAAACUCCUCGCUCAGUGGUACCUGAGGGACGCCAACGCCGUCCCGCCCACCUACGUCCUGCAGCCAAUCACGGCUCACCUCCCGCACUACGGCGACUUCUCUCCCGAAAACGCCACCAAACGAGAAGCCGACGUCGCCCGAUGGAAAUCCACCGAAACCCAACUCCUGACGCUGCUCCGGAACACGGCCACGUCCGCCCACAACAACGGAGAGCUCCCCCCACAGGACCGGCAGCGCUACUACACCUCAGACACAGAGCGAGAGUUGGAGUUGGGUUUGUGUUUGGACGACGCUGACUCUUCGUCUUCUUCUUCGUCGUCGUCGUUGAUCUUCGUGCGGGAGAUUCCUCAUCAGAAAGUCCGUGAGGGCCCCAGACGCUUCGCCAAGUUCAUGGACCUGACGGCGGACGGGAUCCUGGACGCCGAGGCGCAGACGCUCCUCGCCGCGCUCAAAGCUCGUCUCUACUCCGGACGCCAGAAGAUCCUGAACCUGCACUGCGUCGAGCUGUCGAAGGGCGGCGCCGUCGACCCCAAACGCAAGGAGCACGCGCAGUACCUGGAGAGUCUGUGCGAGCAGUUCGUGUCGCAGAUCAAGAGUCGGGUCGGCGCCGCUUUGGACGAGAAACGACCGAAACGCCAAAUCUGGGGGAGCGUCCGCGAAGAAGACGCGAAGGCGGACGUGACGGAGCCGCUCGCCGAGGAGGUCCGCCGCCACGUCAGCGCCGCCAUGGAGAUGUGCGAGGAGGGUCGGCGGCCGGAGGGUCUGCUGGGGAAGAUCUGCUUGACCAUGUGGGAGAUGACGAAGGUUCGCCACCCGCCGCUGGUGGUGCACGGCGGCGAGGGCUCAGGCCGGACGCUGCUGCUGUGCCAGUUGGCGCGGGAGAUGAGGGGCGUGCUGGAGAACCGCGCCGCCGUCGUGGUGAGGCUGCUGACGCUGCUCCACCCGUGGCGCUACGGCGUCGAGGACAUGCUCAGGAGCGUCUGCCGCCAGAUCUGCCUGGCGUUCGGCUUGGCCCCGCCCACCUCGCUCACCGCCGACACGCAUCUCGUUCGGUUUUUCCACAACGUCCUGGAGCAGGCGUCGCAGCAAGGAAACCACCUGCUGCUGAUCCUGGACGACGUCGACCAGCUCGCCGACAGGAGCGCCAAACUCAGGUGGCUGCCGUACGAACUCCCGCCCAACGUGCACCUGGUGGUUUCCGUGGAGACCAAAUCGGAGGCGUUCGCGAGGAUGCGUCUGCGGGCGCAGACGCUGGAGAACUUCUUCGAGGUGGAGCGUCUGGGGGCGGGCGACGGCGAGGCGAUGGCCGAGGCGUACCUGAGGGCGGCGGGGCGCACGCUGACGCCGGAGCAGAAGGAGUUUGUGCUGAAGAGUUCCGCGGCGUCGGGGAAUCCACUGCACCUGCACCUCAUGCUGUCGCUCGGGAAACGCUGGCGCUCGUUCACGGCGCUGGCCGAGCUGCGAUUGGCCGCCACCGCACAGGAAAUGACGUCACUGCUGCUGCAGACGAUGGAGGAACGACACGGACGAGAGCUGACGGCCGCCGCGCUUGGGUACAUCGCCCUCGCCAGGGAGGGGCUUCUGGAGUGCGAGCUGCGUGACGUUCUAUCGCUGGAUGAUGACGUCCUGAAGGAGGCGUACCGCCACUUCCUGCCCCCGAGCCCCGCCCUCGUGCGCCUGCCCCCCCUCCUGUGGGCGGGGCUAAAGUACGACCUCGCCGAACACCUGAGCGAGCGCUGGACCAAUGGCGUCGCUACGAUUGUCUUCAAAAACAGGCGUUUCUCGGACGUCGUCUCUUCUCGGUAUCUCACCUCUGAUCGUAAAGGUCGCGCUCUGAAGAUCCUGGCAGAGUUUUUCCUCGGCAGGUGGAGCGGGAAACGUAAACCGGUGUCUCUGCCCGGUCUGUCCCUGGUGCUGCCCGACCGGAAGGUCCCGCCUCAGCCGCUGUGGUUCGGCGCCGGAUUGGCCAACGUCCGAAAACUGCAGGAGCUGCCCUAUCACCUGCUGCACGCCGGGAUGUGGGAGGAGCUUAAACAGGAAGUCAUCGGUAACUCGGAGUGGUUGUUCUGUAAGAGUCGGGUCUGUGGAGUCCGGGCCGUGAUCCAGGACCUGGACCGGAGCUGGAGGAUCAUGGACUGUCCCGAGACCCGACUGAUCCGAGACGCUCUGGUCCUGCUCAGACCCAGUCUGGACUAUCUGGACGGGAACAUGGACAUGACGUUGUUCUUCUCGGAGCUUCUGUCUCGUCUGUGUUCGCUGGCGCCGCUGUACCCGUCUCUGAUUGGUCGGUUGUGUUCGGCGUGCGAGGCCUGGCUCCUCUCCUGCACCGAGCCCAACCUCAUCCCCCACAGCAGCUUCCUCCAGCCUCCAGGGGGCGCACUGACACACACACUCACCGGGCUGCAGGGAGACAUGACGUUGUUCUUCUCGGAGCUUCUGUCUCGUCUGUGUUCGCUGGCGCCGCUGUACCCGUCUCUGAUUGGUCGGUUGUGUUCGGCGUGCGAGGCCUGGCUCCUCUCCUGCACCGAGCCCAACCUCAUCCCCCACAGCAGCUUCCUCCAGCCUCCAGGGGGCGCACUGACACACACACUCACCGGGCUGCAGGGAGAUGUGUGUGUGGAGGAGGAUUUGGUCGUCGCUGGUUCAGACGACGGCGUCAUCGGAGUCUGGAGCCUCCCAGACGCACAACUACUACACACACUCCUCGCACACACAGCGGCCGUUCUGGUGGUGCGUGUGACUGGCUCCGCCCUCUGCGUCUCAUUGGCCGCUGACGGUUCGAUGAGGAAGUGGGAUUUGCUUCGGGGGAAACAGGAAGUGAGCGCGGACGACGUGUUGGCGACCGACUGCGGCUGCGUCCGACUGAGCGCGUGCGAGAGGACGGGCCGACUGACCGUGCACACCGACACGCAGGUGAAGUUCUUCGGUCUGGACGACUUCUCGCUCUUGUCCUCGAUCUCGGACUCAGACUGUCAGAUCCUCGGGGUUCUGGACGACUCUGUGGUCUCUCUGUGUGGACCCGGUUUAGUCCGGAUCACCCAGGCCCUGGACCCGACCAAAGACCCCGUCACAACCCAAGACAAGACCAAGAACCCGGAGCGUCCCCAGGCCCCGGGCAGGACUCUGACCGUCUGCUCGUCUGUGGCUCUGAGCCGGAAGCAGAAGGUCCUGGUGGUUUUCAGUGAAGGAGUCCUUUACCAGAUUUCCAAAGACGGAGGCUACAGCUCCGUGAAGUUUCCUCUGACUCCUUCUCUCUUCUCUGUGUCCAAGGACGAGAAGAUCCUCCUGGCAGGCUCGGACCUGGUUCUGGUCCUGUUCCGUCUGGACCUGGACCGUGUGGAUCGGUUCUUGGAGCUGGUUCAUGAUGACGAGGUUCUGUCGGCGUGUGUCUCCCCAGACUCCAGGAUCCUCUACAGCGGCGCCAAGGACCAGGUCAUCCGGGUUUGGUCCAUCACCACCGGCGCUCUCCUGGACUCGCUCUGUGGUCUGGACUCUCCGGUCUCGUCCCUGUCGCUCCUGUCGGACCUGGUCGUCUCCGCCUCGUCCUCGUCCACCGCCGUCAAACUCUGGACGCUCCGAUACGACACGCGCCACAAACCCCCCGCCCACAUCCCCACAGGCUCCGCCCACUGCGCCCUCACCAGAGACGCCGACCGGGUCUUCUACGUCCAGAACCAGGGACACCACGAAGUCCUGAGCUGGAGCCCCGAGACAGGCGGGGUCACGGAGCGCAUGGCGGUGUCGGUGGCGGUGUCGUGUCUGGAGGUGGGGCAGGUGAAGCGUCUGCUCGUCUGCGGUCUGGUGAGUGGGACGGUCUUCGUCUACCCCCUGUCGCAGCCCGAGGAGACCCUGUGCAUCCCGCCGCCCGAGAGUCUGAGUCCGGUCCGGACUCUGGCCCUGAGUCCCAGCGAGCGGCUCCUGAGCGUCGCCUACGAGGACCAGGUCUGCGUCUUCACCCUGACCUCCAGAGACCUGCUCCCCGCCAUCGAGGGCCCCACCGCCAGACUCGUCCUGGGCCUCCUGCACGGACCCCUGACCUGCUGCGGCCUGCUCAACGACCAGAGGUUCAUCUACGGGACGAGCUGUGGCGAGGUCCGAGUCCAUGACUUCAGGUCGGGUUCUGGUCGGGUUCUGGAGUCUCACCGGAGCCGCGUGUCGUGUGUGACUCUGAGUAACUGGGAGAGUCACGUCCUGAUCGGCUCCGACGACACCACCCAGAGACUGUACACGCUGAACCCGCCGCGCCUGCAGCACGUCAUGGACUACAAGGGUUUCUUCUUCGAGGGAGUUCUCUGCGCCGCGUUCUCCGACAGCGACCAGUUUGUGUUCACCGGCUCCAGAGACAGAACCAUCAAAGUGUGGGGGGUCUCCACAGGGAAGCUCCUCCUGGUUCAGUUCGUGUACUUUCCCGUGGUGCGGAUGGUUUCCUUCAGGAACGGUUUCGUGGCGUUGUCCAGACAGGGGACGAUCAUCAGGGAGAGCUUCAGGUGCCCCGACCACAUCAGCCCCGACUACAACCCGCUGAGGACGGUGCGGGCGCAGUACAGGGUCACGUCCCACACCGGCGACGCCCGCGACCCCGACCCCGAUGACCCCGUCGACCCCGAGGAGCGGGGGCGGGGCCACGGCCAACAGGGGGCGGAGCUGCAGCAGUUUAACCCCGCCCACCUCAGCCUGAUGGACGUGAUGAAGUCCAAACCGUCGCCCACCUGUGUCCUCCUGUAGCACCUUCGGACUUUUCCAAGAACAAAAGCGUCUUCAUCAGCUCCAGUUCGUGAAGUUAUAACGAUCAGGAUUUAUUCUUUAUUUUUCAUAUUUGACAUUGUACGAUCGUGAAAACCAGACGUGUGUUUCUGUGGUUCAGACGAGGACAGAGCUCCGACUGUGACGCCUCAGAAAGUUCAGGGAGCUUCACGUUAAACCAGCGCAGAUUUAAGAAGCUGAACAGACUUAGGCUGCGUUCAGACUGCACCUGAAGUGACCCAAAUCCGAUUUUUUGUCUCUAUGUUCCUGUAUCUGAUCUUUUAAUGACGUCUGAAUGGCACAGAUCAAAUGUUUUCAAAUGUGACCCAGGACACUUGGAUCUGUGCUCCUGAAACUGAUCCAUAUCUGAUCUUUAACAUGUGACUUCAGUGUGAACGGUCAGGUCACAUUCAUCCACCUACACGUCAUCAACAAGACACAAACGUCACUAUUCUGCGCUGAAGCAGGCGGAAACCGGAACUGUAAAAUCUCCAGGUGCUCGAUGCUGCGUCCAUGUUUGGACAACUUCCAUAAACACAGAGACGCUCGCUGCGGUUGACGUCAUCGUGUCUCCAGUGUCACAUGUGGGACACUUUCGGGCCGUUUACCGUUCACACUGGAGUCACAGACAAGUCGCAUUUAAUUGGAAAUGUGAACGACCUCGCAAAAACAUCGGAUUUCACAAAAAAAUCGGAAUUGAGUAUUAAGCCCUGCAGUCUGAACGUAGCCUUAGAGUUUUCUGACACUAUAGAUCAUUGUGUACAUAUAUAUCCACACUUCUCACAAUAAGUUAGGGAUAUUGUGAGAGAGUCAGUAAAUGUCAUAUAUACGUGUUUCUUUCACUUCAGACAUUUUUGGGAUAGGGAGGCAUUUGUAUUGGGGUGAUAGACACACCUCAUUUUGGGUUUUUCACGUAAUAGUCUCACUGUGGACAGUGUGUCUUACAUAUUGGGGCCAAACCCCUUUUCAAUGUGGCAUAAAUUUCAACAUUCUGUGGGUAUAAAAAGCUGGUAUUGUCAAGUCAUUCCAAGUUCACAAUUCAAACGGCCGUGAACACACGACGUCACUUAACGGAGGAGCAGCACUUAGCCAGAGCGCGUCUUCGAGGGGUGUGGCAGGCAGGCAGAUGUUGCUCGUGAACUCGGUGUGUCUCAAAGUGUCAUCAGCAGACUUGCAUCAACACACAGAACGACUGGCAGAGUUGGUGACGGACCCAGGAGAGGAGCCUCAUGAGUGACAGACCACAACGAUGACCAGUACCUAAGGACCUGUGCACUCAGACAUCGUUAUGCAACUGCCACACAGCUGCAGGCUCCUUCACGAGAUGUGAGGGGCACUAGGGUUUCCAGACAAACCAUUCGCAACCAACUCCACCACUUUGGCUUGAAUGCCAGACGACCGUUGCAGGUGACUCCACUGACAUCAAGUCACCGCCGUGAACGUUUGCAGUGGACACGAGACCAUGUGACCUGGACAAUGCAGCAGUGUCCACCGUCCUGUUCACUGAUGAGUGUCGGGUCACUUAGCACAGAAAUGAUGAUCGUCAGUGUUGCUGGAGAAGGUGAGGUGAGCGACACGCCGAGGUCAACAUGGUCCUCAGGGUUCAGUUUGGUGGAGGAGGUGCAACAGUCUGGGCAGGCAUCACCAGUCAGAGCAAAACAGAUGUGGUUACUGUCGAUGGCUCAGUCACUGCACGUUCUUACCUCAGAGACUUCACAGAACCCAUCACCAUCCCCAGUUCCGCCAGCAAACCCCCAACUUUCUGUUCAUGGAUGAUAAUGCUCCACCACAUCGUGCCAGAAUUGUCACAGGUCGUCUUCAGGAGGUCAGAGUGCCUCACAUGGUACGACCAGCACUGCCCCCUGACCUGAACCCCACAGAGCACGUCUGGGACCAGCUGAAGCAGAGACUGGACGAUCAUACCCCACCCCCACAUGACCUGACAGAACCGUGUGUAGCACUGGUGGAAGAGUGGAACACACUGCCUCAGAACAACAUCCUGAGGUUUGUGAGGAGCAUGAGACGUCGCUGUCAAGUUGACAUUACGGCAAAAGGUGGAAACA